CCGACUCCUCCUGCGCCCGCCCCGGCACCGAUUGUUGACAAAAGACGCUGCUUUCAGACGGAGCAACGGAGCCCAGACCCCCGGUACCGGUGUGGCCGAGGUGAUUCGGUGGUCGGCGGUGGUCGGACCGCAGCGGGCCGGCGUGAAGUGGACGCCCCCUCCUCCCUCCUUCAUCUCCUCUUCUCCUCCUACUCUCAUUCUCCUGAAAAUCACCCGCGGCUGGUUAUUUACCGACAAAACUAGCAGCCAGGAUGGGUCACACACUGUGAGUCGAUAAGGAGGAGGCGGUGGCGGCGGCGGCCCUGGGCUGGUCAGUUUAGCCGGUAAUGGUGUGAGCUGAGACGACCAGGCAUUCUGGAUCUGACCGGGGACUCGUCGUUUCCCCGGAGCCUCCGCGGCUCCAAGCCGCGUCCUGAGCCUUCAAAGAUGGGGAAGUGCGACGGCAGAUGCACGCUGCUAGUGAUAUGCUCACUACAGUUGGUGGCAGCCCUUCAGAGGCAGGUAUUUGAUUUUCUGGGUUACCAGUGGGCUCCCAUUCUGGCCAACUUCCUGCACAUUAUGGCGGUCAUCCUGGGCAUGUUUGGCACUGUGCAGUUUCGUUUCAAAUACCUCAUCUUUUAUGCAGUAUGGCUGGUCCUCUGGGUGGGUUGGAACUCCUUCAUCAUCUGUUUUUACCUGGAGGUUGGAAACCUCUCACAGGACAGGGACUUCCUCAUGACGUUCAACACGUCACUCCAUCGCUCGUGGUGGAUGGAGCACGGCCCUGGUUGCCUGGUAACGCCGGUACUAGACUCACACAUGGCCCCUGAUGACCACCAUGUCAUCACCGUCUCCGGGUGUCUUCUCGACUACCAGUACAUCGAGGUGUUGAGUUCAGCUAUUCAGAUCCUGUUGGCUCUCUUUGGCUUCGUGUACGCCUGCUAUGUGAGCAAAGUCUUCCAGGAUGACGAGGACAGCUUUGAUUUCAUUGGCGGCUUUGACUCUUAUGGUUACCAGCCGCCUCAGAAGUCCUCUCAUCUGCAGCUGCAGCCUCUUUACACGGCUGGUUAAUUCUGGGUAGCGCCCCCUUCAGGCCCAACCCAAUGGACGGCGUCACUGUGGAUGCGAAGUGGCAGUUGUGCCGAUUCCACUCACUCUGCGUGUCACAGUUUACCCCAGCGAUCGACUUAACCCCACCCAGAGGGAGAGGCAUCUGUGCGUGUGUGCAUGUGUGCUUGUGUCUGACGAGAACUACAGCCCUGAUUAGAAUGUACAGAGCUCAGGGAUGAACCAGCAUGCCAGGUGGUGAGAUAAGAUGAGGGAGAAGUGGGAGGCACUGGAGGGGAGCACAAGCUGGGGACACCUCUUGUCAAAUCACCGAGGACACACUUCACUAAACUGCCAGCUCUCAACACUCCCACAAGUGUGUGUAUGUGUGUGUGUGCGUGUGAAUGUGUAACUCCACAGGACUAGCUGAUGCUUUGUGGUUGCACCCCUGGACUCAUACCACUCAGUGCCGUUGUGAUUUUUUUUUUCGUGUGCCUGCGUGCGUGCGUGUGUAUGUAUGUGUGUGUGUGUGUGUGUGUGUGUGUGUGUGUGUGGCGGG